AUGGCCGACAUUGUGUGGCAGCAUGGCCGAAAGGUCGGGAGUGGAUUCAAAUGCAAUUAUUGUGGCAGGGAGAAGGGUGGCGGAGGGGCAACAAUGUUCAAACAACAUUUGGCACAUAGGGGAAGCGAUGUGGCAGACUGCCCUUCGGUUCCACCGGAUGUGAAGGCAUACUUUAUUGAGCAGUUGGACAGGAACAAAGAUAGAGCAAGAGAAAGGGCCCGUCAAAAGGUAUUGAGGGAAGCAGCAGCUAGGUCGUCGAACGUUGAUGCAGAGCAGCUGAGGGGCGAGGGGUACGAUGAGGACGAAGAGUUGCAGGCAGCACUAAGGCAUUCAAGGCAGGAGCACGAGUUCAUGCAGCAAGUUGGCCCAAGAUAUGAGAGGGGUGGUGGCUCUGGAUCAGGACCAAUGUCUUCGAUGUUCACUAGGAGCCAGUCACAUGUCCCUGAGAGGGUUAGGGACUACCACCUUGAGUUGAGCUCGGCUCCACGACAACAACGGAUAGAUACUGGACCAUGGACUGCGAAGGGGAAGAGUAAGAGGGACCUUCUCGGGAGGGCAUGGGCAAAGGCAUGCCAUGCUGUAGGUAUUCCAGGACGGAAAGUCGAUGACCCUUACUUCAGGGCUGCCAUCUUGGAGACGCAAAAUCAAGGUGUUGGCAUCAAAAUACCAUCAGGAAGGGAUAUUGAUGGCAAGUAUUUAGAUGACAAUGUGAAUGAGAUACAUAACGAGAUAGAGAAGUGGAAGGCCGAGUGGGAACAUUGUGGCGUCACCCUCAUGUGUGAUUCCUGGAUCAGGCCUAUGCGGAACUCGGUUAUCAAUUUUUUGGCGAUCAAAGCACAGGUCCUCAAAGUGGGCAGUGAGAAUGUUGUUCAGAUAGUGACUGACAAUGGAUCGAAUUAUAAAAAGGCCUGUAACAUGCUCACUGAUGAGUUCCCUCACAUCGCAUGCUGGCUCUACAACUCAAACAAUCUUCACAACAUGAUGAGGGAUGCUGUUGGUGGGGAGUUGGUCAAAUGGAAUGCAACUAGAUUUGGGACCAACUACAUGUUCCUUGAAAGCAUGAUGAAGAAGAAAGACAAGUUUAUGUCAUGGUUAGUCUCACCUCAAUUCCAAAAUUCACGCCACUUCCAUACGCAGAAUGGAAGGUACGCUUAUGAGUGCAUGACUAGUCUUGAUUGGUGGACCAAUAUGGCAAAUGUGAUCAAUGAUGUUGAGCCUCUCUACAUUUUCCUUCGAUUUGCUGACCAAGAUAAGAUUUCAAAUUUGGGUGAGGUACUAAUGGAGUAUCAAAACAUGAGACAUACAUAUAGCAGUAAGUUCACACAUGACCCCAGCCACUUUAGACAGAUCAUGCAAGUGAUAGAUUCUAGGAUGACCACUGUCAUGUCAGGCACCUAUGUGCAGACUGCUUGUGCUCUUAACCCUUAUGUGGACUACACUAUGGGCACAACACAGAGGGUGCUUCGUGAAUUGCGUAUGGGGCAGGACAAAAUGUUGGAUGCUGAAGGUGCCGCGGUCGCACUGCAGGAGUUUGAACUUUUCAGGAGGAAGCUAGGUGAGUUUUCUUCUGACACUGCGCGGUGCAUGGCCAUUGACUGUAAAACUUCAGCUGCUGCUUGGUGGGCUACGUUUGGGGAAGAUGCACCAAUGUUGUCUCAGGUAGCUCGAUGCUUGUUGUCACAGUGUGUAUCAUCUAGUGGGUGUGAAAGGAACUGGAGCACAUUUGCAUACAUCCACACCAAACUUCGCAAUAGGCUGAGCCACAAGAAACUUGAUAAAAUGGUGUUUGCCAACUACAACCUCCGCCUCCGUCUCGAGCGUGCUAGUAAAGUGGCAGACUCCUCCGAUUAUGAUCCAGUUAGCAGUUUCAUGGAUCUGUCUUUGUACCGUCAGCAAUCAGCAAUUGAACAAUGGAUGAAUCAAUCAAGGUCCAAUGGAGACCCAGCUUUUGAUGAAGACUCGGAGUUCAGUGACACGCUAGUGCCAAGCCAGUAG